UUUCUUUUACGUCUGGUACGGUCGCACUGAAACGUUGAAACUCUGGGAAAACUGUUUAAAAAAUCGAAUGGCAGACAGCAAGAAAGAGAUGGCCAAAGGCCGUCGCGAGGGUAAGAAAAAGGGUGCUCCGCCGCAGGGACAAGCACUGGGGAUAUUGGUCAACGGGCAGGGAGCCGGGAAGUCGUCGUCCGGCGAUCGCAGUGCCGCCAAGACGAAGGGCAGCAGGUCGGUAAAGGCCGCCAAAGAAGCCGGCGAAAAUGCGGAUCGCCUGGACCGCGAGCAGGAGAAGGCUCUGCGCCAGACGAUCGGCGACUUCCUGCAGAGCCGCGAUCCGGAGCUCCAGCUGCACGGACUGACCAAGGCCCAGCGCAGCCACGUGCAUAAGUUGGCCCAAAGUCGCGGCAUCAAGACCGUGAGCAAGGGACCGGAGGACAAUCGCAUCCUCUUCAUGUCCCGUCCACAGACGGGAGGCCUCCAGCACCUCUGCCUGGACAACGCCAAGCUGCACAUGAGUGCCCAGCUGUCCAAAGCUCUGAAAGAGCUGACCGUUCACGUGGAACGUCUUCCGAACACCAGUACUUCGGCUUCCUUGCGCCAGCAGGAUCGGCGACCAUCGAACUUUGGCCUGGUCGGCCACCGUCUCAUCCCGCCCGUCGCCCUCAACAGGAGCAUGCAGCAGGAGCGACAGCGCCUGCCCAUCUUCCAGCACCGCGAGAAGAUCCUCAACGUCCUGCAGAGCGAACAGGUGUUGAUUGUCAAAGGAGCCACUGGCUCGGGCAAGUCCACGCAGCUGCCGCAGUAUAUCCUCGAGUGGGCCGCCGAGCAUCGCUCUCCGGUGAGGAUAAUAGUCAGCCAGCCACGUCGCAUAGCGGCGACCAGCGUUUCGGAACGCAUUUCCAAGGAGCGCGGCGAAGCAUUGGGCAGCACAGUUGGGUAUCAGAUUCGCAUGAACAGCAAGUGCAGCAGCCACACGGUCCUCUCGCUGACCACCAGUGGUUGCCUUUUGCGUGCCCUGGCCAUGGAUGGCGAGGCCUUCUUCAGAAGCACCACCCAUCUGAUCAUCGAUGAAGUGCACGAGCGCGACUUGGACACCGAUUUCCUGCUGCUGGUCAGCAAGCUGGAGUUGGACAAGAAUCGCCACCUGCGCCUGGUGCUCAUGUCGGCCACCAUGGACUUGCAGGCGCUGUCCAAGUACUUCGGCGGGGCCACCGUCAUGGAUGUGGAGGGACGCAGCUUCGAGGUGAGGAUCUUUCACCUGGAGGAUAUACUCAGCAAGACCGGUUACAUGACCUACAGGAUGGAGAACUUUUUGGGCGAGCCGACGGGCGAAGAGGAUGCCGGCGAAUUGCUGGCCGCCUAUUACGGCGGUCGCACGAUUAUAGAUCCCGAUAUCGACAACGAUCUGAUCGUUUCGCUGUUGGAACUUUUGCUGCGCAGCGGCGACUCCGGAGCGGUGAUUGUCUACCUGCCGGGAUACAGCGAUAUGACCAUGCUGAUGGACCGCUUGGAAUCGGCUCUGCCGCGCAACCAGAUCCAGAUUCUACUGUUGCACAGCCAUGUGGACGCCAGCGAGCAGCGCAGGGUCUUUCGGGUAUAUCCCGGGUUGCGUCUGAAGAUCAUCCUCAGCACGAACCUAGGUCAGACCUCGAUCACCAUACCGGAUCUGCUGUACGUCAUCGAUACGGGUCGCUGCAAGAUGAAGACCUACGACCCGGGCACGGAUGCCUCCCAGUUGACCAGUGUGUGGAUCUCGCAGGCGGAUGCCCAACAGCGGGCGGGCAGAGCCGGACGCCUGCGCCAUGGCAUCUGCUAUCGUCUGUACGACAGCGACCGCUUUGCCAGGAUGAGCCUGUACACCGUGCCGGAGAUCAUGAGGCGCAGCCUGGACGAGAUAUGUCUGCUGACCAAGGUGGCGGCUCCGGACAGGCUUAUAGCCAGCUUUCUGGCCAAGGCACUGGAUCCCCCGCAGCCGGAGGCCGUGCUGCAGGCCUGCUCCAGGUUGCAGCUCCUGGGCGUGAUCAAGGAAUUGGAGGAGAGGAUCACGCCGCUGGGACGCAUCAUUGCCGAGCUGCCCUUGGGCGUGCAGAUGGCCAAGUGUCUGGUGUACUCCAUCUACCUGCGCUGCGCGAGCAGCAUGACCAUCAUAGCGGCCUUUCACUCUGUCAAAGAUCCCUUCGUGCUCACCACGGAUCGCGGCAAGAAGUCGGGCCAGCAGAACGCCAGACUCCUGUUUGCUGGCGACCAGAUGAGCGAUUCGCUGGCUGCCCUGAAGCUCUACAAGGAGUUCACCAGCCUGUCACGCUACGACAUUGGGGACUUUUGCGAGCGCAACUCUGUGUGCCGCCACUCCAUGGAGAUGUUCGUUUCGGCGGUAAGCACGCUGCGCGAAUCGGUGACGCGCAUUUUCGGCGCCAACCCAGCCAAGGUGCGUCUGGCCUCGUCCUUUGCCAAGGACACCAAUCUGAUCCGCCUGGCCCUGACGGCCGGCUACUAUCCGAAGCUGGCCUACAUGGACCGCGAGAACAAGCACCAGCUGAUGGCCGAGGGAGACCCCUUCUGCCAGGUGUCGCGCAACUCCUGCCUGCUGGGCAGGAAGAAGCAGAAGAACCUGGCCAGCGACUGGAUCCUGUUUGUGGAGAAGACACGCACCGCCGAGCAGCGAUCCUCGCUGGAGCAGACCACCCUGGUGAGCGGUCUAAUGGUAGCCCUGGCCGGUGGCAAGCACUUCCGCCUGGAGCCGCUCGGCUCGGAGGUGCAGCUCUGCCUGGACUCCUGGAUCCGCAUCGGCUGUGCCAGAGAUGUGGCCCGCAAAAUUUUCCAGCUGCGCAUGCUAAUGGACCGCGAGGUGACCGAGCUGGUGCAGACGCGCAAUCUGAGCAAGGCGGACGAGUGGCUGGGUCCGGAGGCGAUCCGCCGGCUGCUGCAGGCGGAUGUGCCGUCCAUGUGCCUGGCUGAGGGCAAGAGUCUGCCCGACGAGUUCAACUGUGAUAAGGACUAUUAAACGACCAAUGGAGGAGGAGGCCUGCUGCGUGAAUCCGGCCCUAAUCCCUAAUCGGUCCAAAACUAGCUAUAAUUUGCUACAGCAGUAUUCGCGAAGUGAUCGAUUAGGCUCAUAGAAGUAUAAAUAAACUUUUAUACACGAUGAACUUAUAUACUUGUACAGUGCGUUUCAUAAGCCUAUCGUACCUGAUUAGGGCAGCUAAAGUCGCAACUAAGAGGCCAACGAAUUUCUAUCCUCAACAUACACUUACUUUUGUGCAUCGAAUUCCCUUACAUUUUGAUAUAAUAUACAAAAAAAAAAACAUAUGUUUGCCUGACUUUAAAAAUGUAUUAAGCAUUUAUUAAGUAAUCAAAAUACCAUUCGACUUCCGGACCCAUGUCCCACUGCAAAAAAGGCUUCACUGUACUUACUACUUAUUAAUGUACAUUUUAAGUAACACAAAGAAUGUCUAAACUAGAUUCCUUAAAUGUUGUGAUAAAAAUAGGCGCAAAAAGGCAUGCUUUAACUGAUUAACCUAAGAAUCUUUUUUUUGUAAUACUGAGCGAGAUCUCGAUACGCCAUUUGAGGCCUGCUGAUUAAAUUCGCCUUUAAAUAAUGUUCAAAAGCACUUUUCUUAGUUUAAAUCUAAAACGUUGCCGAUAUUAAUAUGAACCAAAAAUCGAAUGAAAAUGAAAAACUUGUAAAACUUGGGAUAUUUUCGAAUAUAAAUCCAGAUCUCUGUAUCCCAUUCCAUGCAUCAUAACAGGUAAUCCAUUGAUGUAACUAGAUUAAGCUCUGAAACGCACUGUAGGCAUAUUUUUAACAAUUCGAAACACACAGGGAAUGAAAAAUGUAAACCAAAAA